CUAAUUAAACAAUUCUUGUGCUGUAGCUGCUUGAUGAUUACAUUGUUCAAUAAAUUCAAGCUUUUGACUCAUGAGACAUGAAGAUUUUUGAGCCUUAACAUUUCUACAUUUCUCAUAAAUGAAGAUCUCAAUUUACAACAAAACCCUAGUCCUCUUUCUCUCACUACUCCUCUCACUUCUUGUCUCCAAAGCUUGCCAUUUGGUAGACAGACAAGCACUUCUACAUUUCAAGCACAACAUCGUUUCUGACCCUUCAAAACUGCUGCAUUCGUGGUCAAUCUCCUCCGAUUGCUGCUCCGCUUGGGAAGGCGUCGCGUGUGAAUCCUCCGGCAGAGUUGUAAACGUCUCACGCCCGGGGCUUGUUUCCGGCAAUGACUUCCUGGUCGACACGUAUAUGUCCGGUACUUUGUCCCCUUAUCUUGGAAACUUAUCAUUUCUUCAACUUCUUGACCUCAGUAAUCUCAAGGACUUGAAGGGUCCAAUACCACAAGAAUUUGGGAAGCUAUCUCACCUCACUCAUCUCUUCCUUGAUUCAAACAUGCUCAUUGGCUCGAUACCAACAGCAUUUCGCUAUCUUUUUCGAUUGGAGAAGCUCUAUCUGGGUAACAAUUACAUAUCUGGUGUUGUUCCCUCCUCUGUUUUUGGAUCUUUGAGCUCUCUCUCGGAAUUAGGCCUAUCCGGAAAUCGGUUGUCGGGCCAAAUUCCAACUUCAAUAGGAAAGUUGGUUUUACUAAGCAAGCUUGAUCUCCAUGCAAACAAUAUCUCCGGAAGCAUUCCAAUCUCCAUUGGCAAGCUUAAGAGCUUGACAUAUCUUGAUUUAUCCGAAAAUCAGAUAAGUGGAAGACUGCCUCAGUCCAUUGGUGCACUUUCGCAAUUAGUCCUGCUCUAUCUCAAUCAUAAUCAGCUCACUGGAAGCAUUCCUUCUUCGAUUUCCGGGCUUAAUUCUCUGCGGUUUUGUCAGUUAUCCCAAAACAAGCUCGCAGGUGCUUUGCCAGCAUCACUAGGCCAGCUCCCAAAGAUCGAAAGGCUCAUUUUCGAGAACAACAAACUUUCAGGAAAACUACCAGCAGCCAUUGGCCACCUUGCAACUCUCACUGACAUUUUCUUCUCCAACAAUCGUUUUACAGGCAAGAUUCCUUCAAGUUUUUCCAAUUUACAUAACCUACAAACACUAGAUUUGUCGAGAAAUCGACUCAUUGGUCAAAUUCCUCCUCAGCUUGCAAAAUUACUUAGUCUAGACACUCUGGAUCUUUCAUUCAAUCCACUGGGAUUGGUUAGUGUACCAAGCUUUUUUGCAAGAUUGAAACUUUUUCGGCUAUUGUUGGCGAAAACCGGCAUUGAAGGGCUGCUUCCGAAUUGGUUAUCUUCAUCAUCUGUCUCCAUACUUGACUUAUCAAGCAAUGCCUUGACAGGCAAGCUGCCUCAUUGGAUAGGCAACAUGACUAGCCUUUCAUUUCUGAACUUAUCAAACAAUGGUUUCCAUUCAUCAAUCCCAGCAGAAUUCAGAAACCUUGCACUUCUGAUGGAUCUUGAUCUGCAUUCCAACAAGUUCUCCGGCCACCUGAGCUCGAUAUUUUCGAAACAAUCCCAAAACCCUCUUGGACAAUUCAACUCCCUUGAUCUUUCCAACAACAUGUUCACCGGCCCGAUUGAUGAGGACAUCGGAGAAAUUCCCACAAUGGCAGCCAUCAAAAGUCUAGUUUUAUCAAACAACCCCUUGAGAGGAAGCAUACCGAAGUCAUUGGGAAAACUGAGUGAUUUGCAGGUUCUAAAGCUUGCGCAUAAUCGGCUUUCGGGAAGGAUUCAAUCAGAGCUUGGAGAUGCCAGAAAACUUACUACACUUUCUCUUUCAAGUAAUAACUUGAGUGGAAAUAUUCCAAAGGAGGUGCUGAAUUUGAAAGACCUUAAAGAAUUUGAUGUUUCUAGGAACCAUUUGAGUGGGAAAAUUCCUCCUCACAAAGCCAUUAUUCCCGUUUCCGGUUUCAUAGAUAACCCUGGCUUGUGUGGAGUUCCACUUCCUCCUUGUAAUCACUUUUGAAGUUUUGGCUUGAGAAUUUAAAAGUUUAGAUCUUUACUUUUUUGAAGGCUU